CGUUUUUCGUCGAUAACUCGUAAACGACGCAUCGGAGAAAAUUUCUGUAAAGGAAAAAGUUGCUCGAAAUCACCCCAGGAAUCUCUCGUUUCCCGGACGUACCAUAAUUUUGGAACACCCUGAUCAAAUGGCCACGGCUAUAUCCCCCGUUUCCGGCUGUUAACAUAAUUACGGAACACACUGUAUUCCCAGACAUAUAGCGGGUGGCCCAGCUAAACGUGGCCACCUAAACGCCUCCGUAAUUUCCGGAGAUAUCGAAAAGCUCUGUGAACAAAAGUUGCUCGAUUCGGGUAGAUCUACAAUAAUAUCUUUCUUUCAGCUGGAGAAUUCUCGAAGAUCUCGAGAAUUUCGCUUUCUUCGUUAGAACCGUAUAUAUAUAUUUUUACAAGCUGUUCGACGCAGCUCCGACAUUUUCCGUUAAAAAAAAGAGCAAUCGACCCGUCGAGAAAACGAUUUCAACAGCGAGGUACUCGAAAGCUUCCGGUUUCAGGACACCCCGUCUAGUAUUUAGAGAGAAUCGAUAGAGAGUAAGAAACAGCGAGAAACCACGACUCGAACGAUUGUAAUACUCCCCCGCCCCCCGCGGAGAUUGUACACGUAAUCUAGGAUAAUUUUUCCACCGCGUCCCGCACAGAAUUUCAGUAUUACGCAUCCGUGAACACUUCGGAUCUCCUUGCGGUUUUCCCUAGCCGCGCGCAUAGACGCGCCGUAAUAGAGGCGAGAGAGAGCGAGAGAGAGAGAGAGAGAGAGAGAGAGAGAUCGACGUACUCUGUCUUCCGUUUGCGAUCGGCGCGACGAGACGAGUCGCGCUCAUUAAGCGAUGCCGAAAGGAAGAGAGCGAGAGAGAGAGAGAGAGAAGAAGAGAGCCGACGCAAAUAGAACCGUGUAGAACGCACCCCUAAUUAAACGGCGCGCCGUUCGCGCGUAUUUUGUAACAGCCGAUUCGAGGCGCAAUGGAACUCGGCGUGACUUUCGCCGAGAUCGAGCCGCGCCCGCAACUUCUUUGUAAUCCGUUCGUGAACGCAAUAAAAAAAGAUUCGAUACGUUUCACCGAGGCAUUACGAUCGUGUGCGUGCGUGCGUGCGUGCGUGUGUGUGUGUGUGUCCUUUGACCAUCGAGCAGCAUUAUUUGAUUAUCGGUGGCAAUGUCGUCCGCGUGGGUCUCUAACGUGUUCCAAAAAAUCUUUUCAGGUGGGUGCCGGCGACGGAAGGGUGCCGGCGAUCGGGCGAGAAAAGAGGUAACGAACUUCUCUGAGCGGUCAGAUCCGUCGAAAAAAGAACAAAAAAAAGAAACAAACGCAACUAUGUUCAUUCGUGUGAUAUGAUGGCGUAUGUGUCCGACCGGAACGACGCGCGAACUUCCAUAUCCGGUCGUCGCCGACAUACCUAUAUUAACCGGACUCGAUGUUGUUGUUUCAGCGUUGUUAUGGCCUUACAAGACCGUGUACGUGUUCGACGGGCCGACCAGAAACAAUCGGCGGGCCGACCAACGGCAGCCAAACGGAUCGCCGGCCGACCCUCGGGAAAGGAGUUUCGUAUGCGCCGACUGCGGCAAAGCUUACGCGGUUCACAGGUCGCUGUGGCGGCACCGGAAGUUCGAAUGCGUGAACGCGAAGCCGAAGCUUGCCUGCGAGGCCUGCCCUUACCAGAGCCCCCACAAAUGGUGCAUCGAGAACCAUAAAAAGCGGCAUCACAGCAAUCCUACCGGAAGAUGUACAUGGGCGACCAGGUUCUCGGCUACACGUGUACAAAGUGCAGCAAGUUCUACAAGAUGUGGAGCAACUAUCUGAAGCACAAGUGCGAACCGCCGCAAUUCAAGUGCCCGCUCUGCCCGUUCGCCGCGUUCAAGGCGUUCAUUCUGCACGCGCACCAGGCCGAGCAACACUUCAAGAUCACGUCCUCGAACACGUGAACCCGGACAAAGCGGGGCCGCGCCAUCCGAUUGCCUUAGCCCGCGUCAGAGCCGCGUCGUGCCUGUUCCGAUCGUCGACCCGGGGCGUCUCUCUCCUCUCUAUCUCUCUCUUUCUAUCUCUCUGUCUAUCUGGCUCUCUCUGGCUCUCUUUCUCUGCGAAGUGCACGGAGACGGAGAUCCGGCCGCGGGAACGCGACGAACAGACGCGGCGGAAGCGCGCGGAGAGCUCGUUCUCCGAGCGGGCGCCGUGUCCUUUGAGCCUGCCCGGACACCCGUAUCGGAGCCUAAUCGCCGUUGGACAAUAAUCUGUAUCUAAUCAGAGACUUCUAAGGUUCCCGCAGCCGCCGGCGUCCCAUUGGCGCGUGGCCCGAUCGAGCGGAGCGGAUGGUUUUAGCGCGCAGCUGGACCCCGAGAGACUUCUCUGUAUCGAUGCAACUCGGGACGCAAUUCGGUGCUCUGAAGCGGCGAACGAGGACUACGCGAGAACUAUCUUACUCGCGUUGUCGAGCUCAUAAGUCAAGGCACAGGAUCAUUGCCUCGGGAAAAGCUGUCCGCGCGACCGGAACGCGGCGCGCCAAAAUUUGCGAAGCCUCGCUGCAAUCUUCCUCGAAUCUUCCUCGAACUUUGCGUCCUUUUUCCCCGAUGAAAUUCGUUCGUUCCCCUCGCUCCUUCUUAAUAAUUGUCCUCGAUUCUCUUUCGUCUUCCCGGUGAAUCCUUUCGAAAACCAUCCGCUCCGAUUCGCCGGAGAAAACCGAGCGCUAGAGCCAGAAUGUCGAAUCUGCGGUCGCCAAAGUCGAACGCUUGAAUCCGGGAUUCAAGCGGGCCUCUCGUCUGCUCCGCACACGUGGCUGUGCCAGCGACCUCUUCGCAGGCAAGGGGACCGUUCGGUCCCAAAAAUUCGUGGCUCGCGAAGCCGGCAUCCGCGGAAUAUCAGCUGCCGCCCCUUCUCGAUCGGUCUAGGCGCGAAUGGUUCCCAUUUUUCUACGCCGUCUCGCCGAUCUAGACUCCUUUUUCUUGUAAUCUCUAGUGCUCGGUAGACCUACACAGUCAUUACUGUCGAAGCUUUCGGGCGCGAACUGUGUUCGCCGGGAGAACAACGCUGCGUGGGAGCACCUUUCGAAUUCUCGAGCCUCCGAGCUUUCGAGCUUUCGAGAUUUCGCGAUGCCACGGUGCUGGAAAAAGAAGCGCACCGACCUUGAUUCUAAUCUUGAAUUGAUCUUGAAGGUUUAAUUUCGACGUAGUCCCCUGGGUGCUCCGCGAAAUCUCUGUGUCGUCGGUGAUGAGUUUUUAUAUCGCACGCGAGCGGUGAAUUUUUUUCCGUAAUUGUCGAAUUGAAAUUUCCGGUGCAACUUACCUGAAAAUUUCGCGUUGUUCCUUCGAUUAGUGGACACAGUCUCUGCUCCUGAUCUCGUUGCUGGUAAUGACUGCGAUCUGUAUCUCAUUAUAAAUGUUCGGUUGGUACGAUGAACGCCUUACGAUUGUUAGAUAGGACGCAGGUGAGAAAUUCUCUAUUUGCCGCGGACACGAAGCGCGAUUCGUUAGCGAAGCUGGUUUCGAUUGUUCGAUUAGAGCGAUGCUUCUGUGGUGGGUCGAGAUUCUUUCACUUCCAAUCGGAGUUGGGCGAGAAAAUAUUCUGGAAAUGUUCUGAAAAUGUUCUGGAAAUGUUCUGAAAUAUUCUGAAAAUGUUCUGCAAAUGUUCUGAAAAUGUUCUGCAAAUGUUCUGCAAAUGUUCUAAAAAUGUCCUGAAAAUGUCCUGAAAUAUUCUGAAAAUAUUCUGAAAUAUUUUGAAAUA